GGUUACCCUGGGAGCCGCAACAGGAAGUUCCGGGUGGGGAGGAGGCCCUGGUGGCCACAGGCUCCAGAUGUAGCAGGAGUGAACUGCGGGCACGACAAGCCAGGGCGCACGGGGCAGCCAGGGGCAUCAGGCUUCACAUGUCUGGGAGAUGCAGGCGGCGGCCUGGGCCCACGGCCCUUGAGCUGCAUGGCCUCCCUGGGCUCCAGGACACCUGCCCCCAGCAGGUCACCGGGAAGGAGGAGAGCCAUGUGCUGGGUCAGUGCCAUCAGCUUCAUGGAGGCUGAGGAGAUGCACUGGCCGGUCCCUAUGAAGGCCAUUGGUGCCCAGAACCUGCUAACCAUGCCUGGAGGCGUGGCCAAGGCUGGUUACCUGCACAAGAAGGGCGGUACCCAGCUGCAGCUGCUUAAAUGGCCCCUGCGUUUCGUCAUCAUCCACAAGCGCUGCAUCUACUACUUCAAAAGCAGCACCUCUGCCUCUCCGCAGGGCGCCUUCUCCCUGAGUGGCUAUAACCGGGUAAUGCGGGCAGCUGAGGAGACGACGUCCAACAACGUUUUCCCCUUCAAGAUUGUCCACAUCAGCAAGAAGCACCGCACGUGGUUCUUCUCAGCCUCCUCUGAGGAUGAGCGCAAGAGCUGGAUGGCCUUGCUGCGCAGGGAGAUCGGCCACUUCCAUGAGAAAAAGGAGCUGUCCCUGGACACCAGCGACUCCAGCUCAGACACAGACAGCUUCUAUGGUGCGGUUGAACGGCCUAUAGAUAUCAGCCUCUCACCAUGGCCCAUGGACAAUGAAGACUAUGAGCGCGACGAUGAGGAUGACUCUUACAUGGAGCCCGACUCCCCUGAGCCUGUGAAGCCUGAGGACGCCCUGACCUUCCCACCCGCCUACCCACCACCCCCAGUGCCCGUACCCAGGAAGCCAGCCUUCUCUGACAUGCCCCGAGCCCACUCCUUCACCUCCAAAGGCCCCAGCCCUCUGCUGCCUCCCCCGCCCCCUAAGCACGGUCUCCCAGAUGCCAGCCCAGCUCCUGAAGACUCCAAGAGGGACCUGCUGGGCCUGAGGCGGGCUGAACCUAGUCCAAGGGCGCCUGCUACCUCCCGAAGGAUGAGUGACCCUCCUCCAAGCAGUGUGCCCACUGCUUCGAGCCUUCGGAAACCCCCUUGCUUCUGGGAAAGCACCAGCCCCAUCCCGGAACCCCGGGCCCCCGGCCACACAGCCAGCUCUGCCUCCGUCUCUGCCACCAUGGCUGCUGCCGCCUCCAGGAACUGUGACAAACUCAAGUCCUUCCACCUGUCCCCCCGGGGGCCGCCCACAUCUGAGCCCCCACCCGUGCCAGCUAACAAGCCCAAGUUCCUGAAGACAGCUGAAGAGAUCCCCCUGAGGGAAGCAGCCAAACCUGGACUCUUUGUGCCCCCGGUGACCCCUAGGCCUCCUGCACUGAAGCUCCCCAUGACUGAGGCCACAGCACGGCCUGCUGUCCUGCCCAGGCCAGAGAAGCCGCUGCUCCCCCACCUCCAACGAUCGCCCCCCGAUGGGCAGAGUUUCAGGAGCUUCUCUUUUGAAAAGCCUCGGCAACCCUCGCAGCCUGACACUGGUGGGGAGGACUCGGACGAGGAUUAUGAGAAGGUGCCGCUGCCCAGCUCGGUCUUCGUCAACACCACAGAAUCCUGCGAAGUGGAAAGGCUGUUCAAAGCCACGAGCCCCCGGGGCGAGCCCCAGGAUGGACUCUACUGCAUUCGGAACUCUUCCACCAAGUCAGGGAAGGUUCUGGUCGUGUGGGAUGAAUCCUCCAACAAAGUGAGGAAUUACCGCAUCUUUGAGAAGGACUCUAAGUUCUACUUAGAGGGCGAGGUCCUGUUUGUGAGCGUGGGUAGCAUGGUGGAGCACUACCAUACCCACGUGCUGCCCAGCCACCAGAGCCUGCUGCUGCGCCACCCCUACGGCUACGCCGGGCCCAGGUGACGCCAGCCCCGUGUGGCUGAUAGGCAGAAGUAGUCUCGGGGACCACAACCCCAGGCCACACAGAUGGAGACUGGCCUGCAUGGAGGAUGAGCAGGAGUGAGGUCCGGGCUUGACCCAGGGCAUCUGCAGCGGACACCUUUCAAAAUCCGGCCAGUCUCUUCCAGCAGGCAGGGUCCCAGGGUUGCAACAGGCUCCAGGGUCCAGAGGACAAGUAGAUUAUCUUGCCCCCCCUGGCCUUGCCCUGUCCAACACCCAGGACCCUAGGACGAGCCCUGCCUAAGCUUCGAGGACAGGAAGUCUGGUCCCCCAAGCACGCCCACCCUGCAAGAGGCUGGGAGCCAGCAGGGCAGGGGCAGUCGGGUAGGGGCUGGGGCUGGCCCUAGUACCCCACAGGAACGCUAAGACACAGGCUCCGGUAGGGGCUGUUGCCUCCCAAUAAAGCAGAGAUAACCUUUG